AUGGGAGUGGCUAUGAAGUCAGAACUUUACACAUCUGAAUUGUUGCUCGUUAUUGACGAGAACGGAAAUGUUUUAAAGCGUGAAAGAUUUGUAAGACCAAUCAGUGUUGUAGAAGUUGAAACUCCCGAAAGAGAUAGAAUAAUCUUUGACGGCGGAGCGAGCGGAGACGCAGGAAUACCGCUCAAUCCAACGCCAGAAGUGAUAUUCAAAAAUGAUGACAUCUCACCUGACGGAUGGGUUGCUACUGAUGGAACGCCUUUAAGACUUUUCGGGGGAACAUAUCAGACUGACGGAAAGUGUCUCGUAUGCAACGGAAGUAAGUUAGCAGUCCAAAGGGCAAAUUCAAGUUAUAUGUUAUGGGGUAUCAAAUGCUCUGUAAAUAGUGAUUUUGUUCCGAGUAGUGACAGUAGAUGGUGGAUGGCAUCCUGCAUAAUGGGACAAGAACUUUCAGGAACACAAGGUGACUAUGCUUGCAUAGUAACAAACGAUGGUUAUUUCGGUCUUGGAUGGAGUACACAGAACAUAACAAAAAGUAGUGUAUAUGCUCUUGACGGCACAGUACACGAAAUAUUUAUGCUCGCUACUGAUGCCUAUGUUGCACUUAUUAUUGACGGAAAAGUGGAAUGUAUGGAGUUUAUAAGAAUGAGUGGCGGACAGAUGAGUCAAGGAACAGACUCAAGUAAGACACACGUUGGAGUUGUUGUUGAUAAUAAUGGUACAGUAGUUGAGGCAAAAGGACAUAAUUACGGAACUAUCAAGAGUAAAGUAUUUGGAAUGGGGUUAUUGGGGAGGAUGUCGAAAAUGACAGAAAAUGGUACAAAUGGAAUGGUAAUGCCUGUAUCACCUGUGUAUGGUGGAUAUGGUAAUUGCGGUUUUGGUAACAAUUUUGGAGGAGAUUGGGCGUGGAUUAUUCUUCUGCUCUUGCUCGCAGGAAAUGGUUGGGGUAACGGCUUCGGCGGUGGUUUCGGCUAUGAUGGCGGUGUACUGCCUUAUAUGUGGAACACACAGACGCAGAAUGACGUUAAUAGAGGAUUCGAUAAUGCAGGUAUUGCAGGACAACUUAGUGGCAUACAGUCCUCAAUCUCAAAUGGUUUCGCAACUGCUGAAUCUGCUGAAUGUAAUAGAGCUAUGGAUGCUAUGCAGACAGCGUACACCAAUCAGAUUGCGUCUAUGAAUCAGAGAUUUUCAGACUUAACAGCUACAAAUCAGAACUUUAAUUCUUUACAGUCUCAACUUGCUUCUUGUUGCUGUGAAAACAGACUUGCAGUAGCAAAUCUUGGUUCUGACAUCGCCCGUGAGGCUUGUGCAGACAGAGCGGCAGUAACAGACGGUGUUCGUGAUAUUCUUGCUAAUCAGACAGCAGGUAUUCAGAGAAUCCUUGACCAGAUGUGCAGUGAUAAGAUUGACGCAAAGAAUGAGCGUAUUCAAGACCUUGAGCGUCAGCUUACAAUGGCAAAUCUUGCGGCUUCACAGACAGCACAGAACGCAUUUAUUCAAAAGGGUUUCACUGACGAGGUUGACCAACUUUACAAUAGACUCUCUAACUGCCCUGUUCCUACUACACCUGUUUAUGGUAGAACACCUAUCUUUACUUGUGGUCAGAAUACUGGUUGCGGUUGUGGUUUGUAA